AUGGAACAAUCCGGACCAUUGCUCCCGCCGGAAAAUGAAGGUAUGAGAAUUUUGAGAAUUUGGGAUUCGAGGGGGAAAUUUGAAGCUUUUGAUUUUAGAGGAUACAUUUUUGAAAUUCUGAUCGAAAUUUCUUUUUUUUUCAUUGAAAUUCAUAUUUUUAUUGAUUUUUUGACUCAAAAACGAACAGUUUUCAAAAUUAUUAAAGAAUUCUUCCAAAAUUUCACUGAAAUUUGGAAAUUCCAGAGCUGAAUUUCCUCUAACUCUAAUAAAAUACCCCCAUGUUUUUUUUCAGAAGUUUGGAAAAUGCGGUGUGAAGAAUGUGUGAGAUGUUCAACAAAAGAAAAUUGCAACGAAUGUGAACCGUGUCAAGUCCAAAAACAUUGUCUAAAAAGGCGAUGUUUUCAGGCGAAAAGAUUGUAUCAAGAUAAACGUGAGUUGCUCAAAAAGCCCUUUUUUCUUAAUCCAAUCCACAACCUUUUUCCAGUCGCUAAGGAAAAAAAGUUGGAAGAAAAACGACGAAAAGAUGCGGAGAAUUUGAAUUUGAGUAUAGCUUCAGUUGCAUCUGGAAAUUUUUCGCUUAAUGAAAAAGCACAGAAAAAAGGUAGAAAAUCGGGAAAUGAAAAAGAGAAAGAGAAGGAGAAAAUGGCGGCGAAAAAACAGAAAGAGGAAAAAACGAAAAAGGAGCGAGAUGAUGGAAUAUAUCGGCCAACUAGACAAAAUAAUGAAUUGAAGAGAAAAAUGACUGUGAAUAGGGUGAGAAUUUGGGGAGGAUUGGGGAUUUUUGGGACAAGGUGCCGUGCCUUGAGAGGCUCCAAUUCAAAGAGCCGUGUCUUGCGAAGCUUCACUUCAAGGAGUCGUGCUUUGAGAAGCUUCAGGCCAAGGCUCCGUGCCUUUAGAAGCUUCAGGCCAAGGCGCCGUGCCUUGAGAAACUUCACUUCAAGAAGUCGUGCCUUGAGAAGCUUCAGACCAAGGCUCCGUGCCUUGAGAAGCUUCAGGCCAAGGCGCCGUGCCUUGAGAAGCCUCAGGUCAAGACUCCGUGCCUUGAAAAGCUUCACUUCAAGGAGUCGUGCCUUGAGAAGGUUCAAGCCAAGGAGUCGUGCCUUGAGAAGCUUCACUUCAAGAAGUCGUGCCUUGAGAAGCUUCAUGCCAAGGAGUCGUGCCUUGAGAAGCUUCACUUCAAGAAGUCGUGGUUUGAGAAGCUUCACUUCAAGGAGUCGUGCCUUGUGAGCUUCUGUUGCAAAGCGCUGUGCCUUGUCGGUCUCUCAAGUCGCAGCUUCUUGGUUCACAAGUCACGGCUCCUUGCCACAGAAGCUCACAAGGCACGACUCCUUAGCGCAAGACCGACAAAAAUACAUAUUCUCAAAAUAAGCUCACAAUUUCGUACUUAAAAUAUUGAUCCUAGGAAAUUUUCGAAAACAAAAAAUUCAAAAUGAAAAAUAACCGUUCAAAAUGAAAAACGUGACCAUUUCCAAAAUAAAUAUAAAUCUUUCCUCAUUUCUAGAAAUUCGAGCCACCUCGCCAAUGUCUCAAUCCAGAUUGUAUCAGAAGUGCUCGAACAGAAUCCAAAUAUUGUUCGGAUGAUUGUGGUCGAAUUUUGGCUCGAAUGCGAUUGACUGAAGUUUUGCCAGCGAGAUGUAAAGAAUAUUUCUCCGGUCCGCGAACACAUGAAACAGAAAUGGAGAGAAAGAAAAUGCAAUAUGAUUUGGAGAUGAAAGAACUUCAUGAAAAUGAGAGGAAAUUGGUUGGAUGUAUCGAGAGAUUACAUCAAUAUAUUGGAAAAAUGGCGAAUUUGAAGCCGGAAGGUGAAGAGAGCAAAAUUGAAGAGUCGUUGGUGAGCAUUUUUGGGGAUCGGAAAUUAUUUUCAAAAUUUUACACGGAAAUUUGUGUUAUCAUUUUCAAAAUUUCGAACUAAAAAGAUUAAGUUUUAAUUUGUCAUUUUAUUAGAAAUUUCCAUUCAAAUUUUUAAAAUUAUAAUCAAUAUUUCAUAGAAAAUCAAAUUAUAAGAGAAAUACAAUAAUGUUUAUCCGAAAUUUUGAAUUUUCUUCUAAAAAUCAGGUUUUUAUUCAAAAUUUAUUUUUUACAGUUCGAAGCCUGUGUUGUCUGCGGCCAGAACGAUGUUCCACUCCGAAAAUAUGCGAAACACGUGGAAACUUGUUGGGCAAGAGCAGAAAAAGCCAUUUCUUUUAACGGAGCUGAAGUGAGUUAAUGAUUUUGGACCGAAAAUAUUACAGUUGUAUUAGGAUCCACUUGGUGAGGUUUUCGCGUGAAAUUUGGAACAUUUUGAUAUUCCAUGAGCCUAGGGAAGGUUACUGUAGGUUUUCGCGCGAAAUUUGGAGAAUUUUGAUAUCCCAUAAGCCUAGGGGAAGGUUACUGUAGGUUUUCGCGUGAAAUUUGGAGCAUUUUGAUAUCCCAUAAGCCUAGGGGAAGGUUACUGUAGGUUUUCGCGCGAAAUUUGGAGCAUUUUGAUAUUCCAUAAGCCUACUGUACUUUAAAUAAAGCUAGAAUUUUUAUGCAUUUUUCAUUGAAACAGUGAAAUUUGAAUCUCGAGAACGUUUAGAAAUUCAAUUAUUUAUCAAACAGAUUUUUUUUCUGGAAAAAAAUUUGAGAUUUUUUUGCAGUUUGGCUCCGAUAGAAUAUUCUGCGAAAGGCAAGAUCCACGAAAAGGAGGAUUCUGUAAACGCCUCAAAUCCCUUUGUCCCGAACAUCGAAAACAAGGACCAGAACAAGUGAUGAAUAUUUGCGGAUAUCCCACAAAAUGGGACAAUAAAUCAUAUACAAUUUCGGAAAUUAUCGAGGAUGAAGAGUUGGGUUUUUCUUCCUUCUGAAAUAAUAAAAAUGAGUGAAUUUUCAGCCCAUUUGGAGAUAGUGGUUGUAUGUUGGCAAAAGAUAAUUGUUCAAGACACUCGAAAUGGGUGGUUGUGAGUUUUGAGAUUGACUUGAAAUUUAUUUUUUUUUUUUAAUUUUCGUUUAGACUCUUCGUGGAUCGAUUGAAUUAGAACAAUCUGCUGUGCUUUUGAAAUGUUUGGAGGUUUCUCAAGAAUCCAGGAAAUGUGCACAAUAUUCGGAAUGGAGCAAUAAUGUGGUUUUGGCAAUGAUGCAUAAUCCAAAAUGUGAGAGAGUUUUGAAGAUUUUUGUCAAAGAGGAACAUUGGAUUUUCAAAUUCAGCUUGAAACAUAUUUCGUGACGGAAAAUUGAAAUAAUUUCCCGAAGUUAUUGUUUUUUGAACACGUCUACAAUUUCGUUUAUAUUUUCAAAACAGAAAUUAUAAUUCCGAAAAGUUUCUAGAUUUUCAGAAAUUGAAAAAAAAAAUGAUACCAUAAAUCAUUUUCGACGAAAAAUCGACAAAACACGAUUUUUUCUCGAAAUUUUUCACUAAAAAUUGAUUUUUCCUGGUUUCUAGAGCUCACAGAUUUUUUCAGCACCAAAAUCCUAAUAAUUUUUUUUUUCCAGUACCCCAUCCUUCUACUUCAACAUCAACAGCAGAAACAUGA